AUGUUGGCAUUGAGAAGAUUAACAUCGAGAAGGAUACCUUUGAUCACUAGAUCUAUAACUACUUCUUCUACGUCGAAUAGGCUAAUAGGAUCAGAGAAACUCCCCGAUGUGUCCGCCUUCUUAACCAAGAUAGGCAGGAAUUGUACAGAAUAUACAGAAACGUAUGAGAAUCAAUGGGACAACUUAUUGAAAUGGGAUGGUAAGAUGUUGAAAGAGAAGGGGAUCCCCGUGAGACAAAGGAAAUAUAUUUUAAACCAAGUGGAGAAUCUUCGUCAGGAGAAAAUGGAUUGCAUUAGAGAGAUUAAAUUGGGGAAGAAAUCCUUUUUUGGUGGAGAGAGGAACAGGAAGGCAUUUAAAGCUAAAUGGGAAGCUGAACAACGGAACAACAAUAAGAAGUAG